CUGCGAAGAAGGAGAGGCCUGCGGAUGGGCGCGCUCUUCUUUUCAACGGAGCGCGCGCUAUUUCUUCCCGCUUCUGCCUCUCUCUUCCUCAAGCACUCCUCUCCUCUCUGUCCCGAGUCCUCUCACUCACCCCAAGCGCCCCCCUCCUCUCUGUCUCGAGCCCUCUCACUCACCCUAAGCGCUUCCCUCCUCGCCUCGUUCUUGGUCGAUGAUGGCGGAGCUCUGCUUGAUGGCUUCGCAUGGUUAUCCGCCGAGCCUCGUUCUUGGUCAGGAGCAAGGGCGCGAGCAGAGUCGUCAGGGAUCUUCAGCCAAUUUUGCCUGCUGCUAGGACAAGACAAGACAUUAUAAGAUUGGGAUCCAUGACCCUCAGUCCUAAUCAAUUGAAGGAGGCAGUGGAAUCCCUAUAUGUACUGUUAGCAGCAAAGCGGUGUGUGCAGAUUGAUUCUGUGGAGAAAGAUCCCGUGAUUCUAGAUUUGCAAGAUGUCCACUCAACUACUGGGCCCCUAGGCACCGGAAUUGCCGAACGAUCCACCAUGCAGAGAGAAGUCUUUGAGUUUAGCAUGUCUGGAUUGAGUUGUGCUGAAAAGGCUGCACUAGAUAUGUCUCUAGUAUCUGAUUUAACGGGUCUUCACUCAGUGGAAACUGACAUGCAUCGCCUGCCCAUCAUUCCUUGUCUCGUCUACCCUAACUUUCAAUUUUCCACUCAGAGCGCUCUCUCAGAUUUCAUGGGAGAUUUGGUCCGAAAUUCAAAAAUAACCAUUAACUCUGAUGGUAGAGUCUUGAUCGCAGCUAGUGGGGCUGAGAUGAAGGAUCUCCUCUCAAUUGUAGCGGAGUUUUACCUAUCGAGGAACUUAACUCAAGGGAGAAAGCUUUCGAUGCCAGUUCCUUAUGACAACAACCACCUCAUAUGCUUAGAAACUGCAAAAGAGGAGGUAGACAAAAUUAUGGUUACUGAUGCACCACUUCUCUUUCCUCCUGGACAGCUGGCAUUGGCGGCUUUGCGUCAUGCUAAUGAGGUGCAUAGAGUUCUGGACUAUGAAAGAUACCUAGAGAACAUGCUCAUACGCCAAAAUUCCAUUCACAGCAGCACAGAGCUCAUUCAGCAUCUGAAUGCGAUAGAUUCCUCGGUUAGGACAUAUAAAUUCCCUUCUGAGAAAGAUAUGAAACACAUCAACAGGAAGCUGAGGUCUUGUUGGGGCCUUAGUUCACAUGAUGAUAGUAAGAAACGAGACAAGAAAUCGAAGCACAAAUCCAAGCGGAGUGCAGGUGUAUGCACAGCUGAGGCAUCAUCAUUAGUGCCACACUCAUCCAAAUAUGCAUCUACUGCGACCAUGGUUGCUGAACUUACUCUUCAAAGCUUGUUUGGUAUCACGAAAAUAUUCCACAGUAUGGAAGUGACAGAAAGCAGUGGGCAUCUAGCAGCUUGAAAGAGCUCUUGAAAUGCAAUUGAUUUAGGAGCAUCGCUGACCAGGGAAGUUGAGAAUUUACAUAAACUACUGUGUAUUUUGUGUUCAUCUGGUGGUGUAAAUCAGCAGGUCGAGACAGUCAUGUAUGCGAUAAUUACUGUUGUGAAAGUUGGUAUGAUGGUAACCUACAAUAUUGGAACAGGCCUUGUGGUUGCUCGUAGGAAGACAGCUCAUGGUCUCCACCUUCUGCAAUUUCUUCAUGUGGAAUAGGGUGGGGAGCACAGGUAGGCUUGUUUUAUCGUAUACCUGGAUUUUGAUUUCAUCAACCUUAAGGGCCAAGCGUCGGAACCAACAAGUGUUUUUGGCUUUCAUGCAGUCUGCAGAUUAACCACGUGAAUCAACGUGCUCAAAAUGAUUGUUUAGAUAAUAAACACCAAUUUGAUUUUUUACUCCAUCCGGAAUGCUUGACGUAUUGUCUGCUUCAUUUCCAUGGUCUCUGUGAGAAUUUUCCUUUGUAAAUGUCUGGUCUGUCAUCCUUCUAUUUCAUGGAAUGUGCCAUUUGUUUCUCCUUUCUGGAACUCUAUCUAAGAACAGUAUUUCUCAGGAUGAGAUUUGGACUUUUUGUUUGAUUACCAUGUUGCCAUUGAGUUUUCAAGUUCCUUUCUGCAUCUCUGUUCCCUUUCUCUGAAUUUGUGUUUUGCUUUUUUGUGGAAGUGGGAGAAGUCCCUGAGCCAGAGAUUGCCCUUGUGUUACUUAUAAUCGUUCCCUUUCUGUUAACAUGUCUAUCGCAUUAAUAGCUUCUGCUUGUGUGGCUUAAGCUCGAGCAAAGAAGUCUUGCAUAAAACAUAAAAAUCAACUAAAGAAAUCUUUAGUCGAUUCCCCUUCCUCCCGAAAUGAUAACAACAAUAAUAGUAAAAAUCAAAUACAUAAAUGAAAAGAUUAUCCCUGCAAGAAA